AUGCUUGUCGGAAACAAAGCACCAUCAUUCAAGGCUGAAGCAGUCUUCCCAGAUACAGACUUCAAGAAAGUUUCCCUUGAUUCCUACAAAGGAAAAUGGCUCGUUCUUUUCGCAUGGCCACUUGACUUCACAUUUGUCUGCCCAACAGAAAUUAUUGAGUUCUCAAACAAGUUUGAGGAGUUCAAGAAGCUUGGUUGUGAAGUCAUCGGUAUGUCUGUUGACUCCAACUUUACACAUCUUGCAUGGAUCAACACCCCUCGCAAAGAUGGAGGAAUUGGAUCUCUUCAGUAUCCAAUUAUCGGCGAUCUCGGCGCAAAGAUCUCCAAAGCUUACGGGUUCUACAUGGAAGAAGCAGGACAUGAUCUUCGUGGUACUGUUAUCAUUGAUCCACAAGGAAUUGUUCGUCAUAUUCAGAUGAACCAUCCAGAUGUUGGCCGCAACGUUGAUGAAAUCAUUCGUCUUGUUAAGGCUUACCAAUUUGCUGCUAAGCAUGGAGAAGUCUGUCCAGCACAGUGGCAUGGUGAAGGCGAUCUCACAAUCAAGGCUGAUCCAAAGGCUUCCAAGGAAUAUUUCAACAAGGCUAACAAAUAA